UGUGGCCCGGCGAUGCACGGCGCAGAACAAAGCCUUCAUGGAGUGCAAGCGCAGCCUGAGGGAUCCGGAGAAGUGCCUGGACGAGGGCCACCAGGUCAUGGGCUGCGUCUCCAGCUUGAUCAAGGAGCUCCAUGCCACCUGUGGCAAGGAGAUGGAGUCGUACACGGGCUGCAUGGACUACUACUCCAAGGACUUGGAGAUGUGCCGGCAGAAGCAAAAGGAAUUCGAGGCAGCGUGCCCGCUGCCAGAAUUGAGCUAGAUCUCUCUCUCUCUCUCUCGCUGUACUUUUUAGUUGGCCCGGCGCCGAUGAAUCAAACCCACUUCACUCGCCUCUCUAAGUCUAGGCUAGCUAAGUAGGGUUUCAUGUCAAAGAUGAGGGACGACGGAGGAGGAUCUCCAUCGCCACGGCAGCCCAGGUCGGGCAGCCGGCUUCAUAUGAUGCUGUCGGGUGGAUCCCCGCAGCUCAGGCAGCAGCAGCAGCAGCAGCAGCAGCAGCCACAGAUGGUGCGGGGGCGUCAGCAGCAGCAGCAUCAGCACCAGAGGAAGGCUCCGGAGCCGCUUCGACGAGCCGUUGCCGAUUGUCUGUCAGCAUCGCAUCACGCCUCGCUCCCCCCGCUCACCUCCGAGCCCGUUCGAACGCUCCAGGACUACCUCGCCAAUCCCUCCACCAUUCACUUCGCCUACAUUGUCCUCUUGGAGCACGCACUCGCCGAGAGGGAUCGGAGCCCUCCAGUGGUGAUCAAGUGUGUGGCGUUGCUCAAGCGAUAUCUCUUCAGAUAUGUCCCUCCCAUAACUACGCUCCAGCAAAUUGAUUCCUUCUGUGCGUCUCUCAUCAACGAGUGUAAUGCUGCGUCAGGGAAGCGAGCCGCCACCAGGGCCACGUCGUGCUCCCCUGGACCUUCGCCACUGCCGCCCCCCUCCACGCCGUCCGUCUUCGCGUCGGAACCUCUCCUCAAGUCACUUACGUACGUGCGUGCCGUUGUCGCGCGCCACCUUCCCGGGUUCUCCUUGCGCCAGCACUCGGCCUCGUCACCUUCUCUCAAGCUCCAGCCCGUUCCGCCCUCUCCGCGCAGCAGGCUGCUCACUGCGCACUUCCAGCCGCCUCUUACGGAUGACAAGGAGUUCGCAAGGCCCAUGCUCGCUCUAGCCACCAUCCACGACGACAACGGCGUCUACAUGGCCGCCGAUGUGCUCAAGUGGCGUUGGAUCCUGCCAAAGGGAAGCCAGCUCUGGAUGCCUUCACCGGUUAUGACAGACAGCGGUGGCAUUGCGAGGCCAAAUGUGGAUAAUGUGGACAAUCUGGAACAAGGCAUUGGCGUUCUCUGGCUCAAACGCACCACCACCACUGCUGGCAGCACUGAGGAAUCUAGGCUCGACCAGCUUCUGCGUGCAUCUACAGCAGCGGCCAUAGGGGACUCGGCAGCAGUGAAGUCGCAUCUGCGGGAUGUUGCUGCUUCCAAGCGUCAGCCCGUUACUCGUUGGGGUGGUGAACCUUCGACUACCAUGCGGAAGCGUCCGCGUCCUCUCUUCCAGUACAGAUGCUAUAGUAAACAGCAACCUUUGCGCUUGAGCGAUGCUGAUAUCGAGGAAGUUAUUGCUGCGGUUUGCGCUGAAGCAAGUAGCCCCACUUUGGCCUUAGCUCCGUCCCUGCCAAGCAGCCGGAGUGGCGAUACAGCAAAUGUUGCAGGGAGCGUUCUGAUCAAGCUUAUAAUUGACAUGUAUCUUGCCGAUGCUAGGACAGCGGCGCCUUUGACGCUUUCAGUUCUCCAAGUGAUGCUAAGUUCGGGUCCUGUGACUGUUCGGGUUCGUGCUUUCGACCUUGUAUUUAACCUGGGAGUCCAUGCGCACCUUCUUGAACCAGUGCAAAGUGAUGACCAAGACGGUUUUCCGACAGGGACAACGGAGGAUGUUAAGCACGGAAGACCUCGUGGCGUAGAGGAAUUCGAGGCGUGGCUCCUUAUCAUUCUCUGCGAGAUGAUGCUCUUUCUACUCCAGCUGGAAGAAAAAGAAGAAUCUAUUUGGGCUGCCUCUAUGAGCGCUCUGUUGUAUUUGGUUUGCGACCGGGGCCGUAUCAGAAGAGAGCGGCUGGAGAACCUGGAUAUCCGGAUCCUGAGGACUUUGCUGGAAAUCAGCCGAGACAAUGCGUGGGCCGAAGAAAUUCAUUGUCGACUGAUCUGCAUGCUGUGCAAUAUGCUGUACGGUGCGAAACCUACAGAUAGCUCUCAAGAUGGGAAUGCAGUUUUUGAUAUUAACAGGCUGGAAGCCAUUGGUGGCGUCGAACUGAUUUGCAAAGAGUAUUCGUUAGUGAGUAGCCCCGCUGCCAAGAGAAACCUCUUUGCCAUCAUUUUUGAGUAUCUAUUAUGUGAGCUGCGCAGCAAGGCUGACGUUUCGGGAAAGAAAUUUCCCAGUCAGGAUGAAGUGCAGGCAAUUGCGACGGCUCUUGUUCUUGCCGGUGCGCCGGAUUCGCUGAGCAUUGCGUUCAGGCAACGAUUAAACGGCGUCGGCGGACGAUUGUGUAAAUCUAUCGUAAAGGCACUAGACAGGGAUCUAGCCAACGGACGGCUUAAUGCGAUGGUCUUGGAACAAGUAGCGAAAUCAAUCGACACUUUAGUUGACAAAUAUGGUACUUUGGACGGAGAGUUCGGGGAGAUGGUGUCCCUUAUCCUCGCUGACGAGUCACGUGAGGAUGGCCCUCCUGUUUCUUAUCUGGAAGCAAGAGCCUGGGCCAUCCUGCAUGCGUUGCUCCAUUCCUCGCGAUCCGAUUACCGCCACCACGGUUACUCGUGGCUCAACCAGCUCCUCGUAACAGAAGUGGAAUGCUUGCAUGGACGGAAAGACGCUUCCCACAGCAACUGCAUGCUCACAAUUCUGGAGCAGGCGAAGGUUGAUCCCCCUGAGAGCAAAACGUCAGCGGCCCAUCUACUUUUUGGACUGUUGAAAUCAAGGAGGCAUUAUGUCAGGCAAGGUUUUCUGAUCGUAUUGGAGCACUUCCUGUCGCAGUGCCAGAGACGGGGGCGUGCAGACGACACUGAAAGUUUUCCCGACAGCCUUCCCAGUACCUUGGUGUGGCUCAUGAGUAGCUCCCUUUGGCAGUUUAUCACUGCAAACGACACAAACCGUAUUAACGUUUUACAGAUGUGCAACCUGCUGCUCUCCCAAAUAUGCGUCAGGUCGGGGCCGUCUGCGGGGAAACACGACGACGACGACAAGAAAGAGCACAACGAGAGCGUCAGGGAUACAGUGGUGGUUAGCUCGAUAGCAUCUCUAUUUCUGAGGGAUGAAGCUGCGGCACCUGAGCACCUGCUGACCAAGAUGCCAACGGCCCUGUUUUACUGGCCUCUGAUGCAGCUGGCUGGAGCCACUGUGGACGACAUGACUCUCGCCAUCGCCGUUGGGAGUAAAGGCGGUGGAAACGUUCCCGGUUGUGCUUCGGAUGUCCGAGCAGCACUUUUGUUGCUACUGGUUGGAAAAUGCACGGUUGAGCAGGCUGCAUUGGACGAAGUUGGUGGCGAGGAGUUUUUCAGGUCGUUACUCGACGACAGGGACGCGCGCGUUGCCUACUUCACUGCUUCCUUUCUCAUCAAGAGGAUGAUGGUUGAGGAUGCUGACAACUAUCAACGCGUGCUGCACAACCUUGUUUUCAAAGCUCAGCAGAAUAAUGAUGAGAAGCUACUGGAGAAUCCUUAUCUACAGCUUGGCGGCAUCCUACAACUUGAUCCCGAUAUAAAACCUCAAGCUUCGACGCAUGACGACUCAUAACCCCUCAAAAGUUUGCACUUGCGGAGCAACCUUGGGCGCCAGCCAGAGGGGCCAGUUCGAGCUGCUCCAAGACAAGCUCUCGUUUCUUGACAACCUUGAUGGCAUAGGCAGCAGUUUCGGGGAUGGCAGGCACCUGUCAUUCAUUUUGGAAACGAUUUUGAUUGCUGUU